AAUGUUGUUUUGGUUGUCUGUUAAAGACACAAGAGCUUUGACCUUGAUACUUUUCAAAAGUCACCAUAAUUGACUUAGUGGUGAUAUUCAUUAAUUACAUUUUCGAAAGGAUUCAGACAUUAUUAUUUAACUCUUUGGAAUAAAUAUUAUUACUGUUGCAUCGGAUACCUUCUGUAUAUUGCAGAUAAAAUUGAUGGACAGCUUAUAUUACCAAUGUGAAAUCGAGAGUUUACGAUCAGACUUAACAACAGCACAUAGCAUUGCAACUGAAUUGGAAGCAAAACUAAAUGAUUUACGCACGAAAUAUGAUACGGAUUGUUGUAACUAUGAAGAGAAGAUUCAAAUAUUAACAGAACGACAUGAAAGACUGGUGUCAAGUCAUCAACGUUUGAGUAAACUCAAUCAUGAAUUAGAAGAAAAGCUUUUGGAUACUAUCGAGAAGUCAACCUCUGAGAUACAACAGUUAACUGAAGAAUUGGAAUCAACUAAAAACUCUUUAAGACAAGCACAGAAGUCAUUGAAUGCUACUACACAAGAGAGGGAUCGCUGUAAAGAAGAUUGCAUUUCAGCUGUUAGAUUACUUCAAACAAAUCCUAAUCUCUUCUUGUCAGAACUACCACAACCUGAAUCUCCAUCAGCUGAUGAAGUCCAAAUAUUUGCAAAUUUAAGCAACGGAGACUGUUCUCAAGGUGUAAGCAAUUCAUCGUUUUCCAGUGCAACUUCUUUCUUCUCAACAUUUUUACCAACAUUUCCACCUGUAGGAUUGUUUAAUAGCUUACAAAUGGAAAAUAAUUCACAGUCUUCAAAAGUAUAUUCUUCUUUGAAUAAUACAUGCAAUAAUAUUACUGAAUUAUCGAACGAUACAACAACAGUGAGAAAUUCUACUGUUUACAGAUGUUCAUCUGCAUCGAAACCCAGUACAAUUGUCGAUUUAUAAUUCAUAUAUUAUAUAUUCAAAGCAUCUUUACUGUGUAUUCCUUCUUCUAUAAUGUUGAUUUUAUUUUUAUUUUGACUAUAAUACAAGCCUACCUGUGAUGAAUGUAAUUGGUGUAUAAAUUAGUACUUCU